AUGAGACGGAGGGUUCUACAGGUGGGACGGAGGGUUCUACAGGUGGGACGGAGGGUUCUACAGGUGGAACAGAGGGUUCUACAGGUGGGACGGAGGGUUCUACAGGUGGAACGGAGGGUUCUACAGGUGGGACGGAGGGUUCUACAGGUGGGACGGAGGGUUCUACAGGUGGGACGGAGGGUUCUACAGGUGGAACAGAGGGUUCUACAGGUGGGACGGAGGGUUCUACAGGUGGAACAGAGGGUUCUACAGGUGGGACGGAGGGUUCUACAGGUGGGACGGAGGGUUCUACAGGUGGGACGGAGGGUUCUACAGGUGGAACGGAGGGUUCUACAGGUGGGACGGAGGGUUCUACAGGUGGGACAGAGGGUUCUACAGAUGGGACGGAGGGUUCUACAGGUGGGACGGAGGGUUCUACAGGUAGAACAGAGGGUUCUACAGGUGGAACAGAGGGUUUUACAGGUGGGACGGAGGGUUCUACAGGUGGGACGGAGGGUUCUACAGGUUGGACGGAGGGUUCUACAGGUGGGACGGAGGGUUCUACAGGUGGAACAAAGGGUUCUACAGGUGGGACGGAGGGUUCUACAGGUGGAACAAAAGGUUCUACAGGUGGGACGGAGGGUUCUACAGGUGGGACGGAGGGUUCUACAGGUGGAACAAAGGGUUCUACAGGUGGGACGGAGGGUUCUACAGGUGGAACAGAGGGUUCUACAGGUGGGACGGAGGGUUCUACAGGUGGGACGGAGGGUUCUACAGGUGGAACAGAGGGUUUUACAGAGGGCGCCAAAGCACUCCUCACUGAAGUUCAUCUGGUUCAGUGUCAGAGUCAAGUUCUGUGUUUGUGUAGAGGGAGAAGAGGAGGAGUGGGGGAAGGGGGAGACGGGGGGGACGGGAGGGGACAGUAGGGGAUGGGGGGACACGAGGGGGAGGCCUGAGAGGGAAAUGAGAGAGUACAGAGAACAGGGAGAAGUGGAGAGGGUGGGGGGAGAGAGACGUUGGGGGGGGGGGGGUAGGGAGGAGUGUUUCCUCUGCUGCUUCCUCAACAACAUUCACUUCAUUAAAGUGUUGAUAAAGUCUUCAAACAUGACGUCAUCAGCUCUGAGGAAUGUCUUUAAAGCUGGGGUCUGUAACUUUUGA